GCUGCUGCGGUGAGAAAGCUAUUUGGUUGUUGUCACACUCUAGUACACAUAAUUCUACCGCAGAGCUGCCGUCUACAAGCCGCCAGAGAAUGGGUAAGAGUUGGUGGAAGCUAUUCUGUUGUUGCUGCUGCUGCUGUGAGAACAAUGAGAAACGCCCUCUGUUGUCGGCUGAUGUGUCCAAGGAGAGUACACCAGCACGAGAGCUGGAGGGAAUAGGAGAGGUCAAAGUGCACAGCAGCCAGGACGGUGAAGAGGUGCAAGAGGUGGAAGUGAGCGUACGAGAAGAGGUCAAAGGUGAAGAAACACCAGUUAUUUUGCGACACAAGGACGAAGGAAUAUCUCCAAGAACCAGUACAGCUGACAUCCCAAGCCACAAGGCACAAAGAGAAUCUGGUACAUUUGUUCGAAGCUCUGGCUCACGUUCGUCAUGGCGACUGCUUCCCACGGCAACACAACAAGCUCGAGAUGCGGCAGUCGCUAAGGAACGUACUGAACUGAAGGAACAAAGAAAAAGUGCUAUCCUAACAUCAUCUAGUAACUUGGGGAACGGAGAUAUUGUGUUUUCAGACAAGUCUUCUGAUGAAGACCGUGUUGUAACUUUAGUCGCAGAAGAAGAGGAGGCUCUUGUAUCUAGCAGCUUGGUGUCAGAUGACGGCAUGACUAUUGCAGGCAGUGCUACUGUCACUGUGACUGUGUCCCAAGCAGAAGUCAUUGAUGGACCAUCCAGUAGCAAUAGCACCGAAGCCUCUCAAGAGGACCAACCAGAGAAGAGAAUAGACUAACUAUAAAACACUACUCACUCACAUAAUUAUAUAUAUUUUUUUAGUAAAAUUAUAUCAUUAUAAUUGUAUAAUAAUUAUACACACUUCAUAAUUCUAGAUCUACUAAUAACGAUUACAUGCAAUUCAAAAAUAAAAGUUUGGCCUACAGCUUCAAAGUUCUGAGCUGCUAUCUGACAA